AUGGCCUCUCGCGCGCCCACCCCUCCUGCUCCUCCCCACCUCCGCCUCCACGCCGCGUCCCUCUCCUCGCCGCGCCUCCCACUCCCGCACACGCGCGCCCCGCGCUGCCGCGGCGGACGGAGCCGCCUCCUCUCCGCGCUGCCAUCGCCGUCCCCCUCGCCGGCCUCGCGCUCGCAGGGCGUCUCCACCGCGCCGAUCGAACGCGAACCACCGGGACCCGCGCCCGCGCCGCCUCCCCCAGCUCAGCAGCCGCAGCCGCAGCCCCGCCGGGACCCGGCGAUCGCCGCGGAGGUCGCGCGCCUCUCCGCCGCCCGCGAGAGGCUCCGCGCGGCGCGCACGCUCCGUGACAAGCUCCGCGCGCUCGACGCGGAGCCCCGCGUCGCGGCGUUCUUCGGCAAGGAGUCGAGCCGCGGGGUGCUGGGCGCGCUCGAGCCCCGCGAGGUGCUCCUGCUGAAAUGCCUCGUCGCGGCAGGACAGGAGCACGUGCUCGGCCGUGAGCUCGACUGGUACGGCGGCGACGGCCACCACGAGCACCACCACCGCAACGGGGCGAGGGGUGGGAGUGCCCUGCGGGAUGCGCUGUAUAGCCUGGCCGGUUUGGUCGGGAAGUGGACCUCGGAGGGAGUGGUGGGUGGCGAGAAGGGGAGCGAGGAAAUGGGGGUGCUCCCUAGACUGCUCAAGUUCCUUGACAACAUCGAGGAGUUCUACGACUGCAUUGGAGGCAUCAUCGGCUAUCAAAUUAUGGCAUUGGAGUUCCUUUCAGCCUCUAAGGAUCACAUGCACCGACCUAGCAAAGACAAGUUUGUUGAUUUCCAUGUUCCCAGUGGACUUAAUUUGUUGGAGGAUAAAGAAUAUGCAUCUCAAGCAGCUCUGUGGGGAAUUGAGGGUUUGCCAGAACUAGGUGAAAUUUACCCAAUUGGUGGUGCGGGUGAUCGUCUUGGUUUAGUGGACUCAGAUACUGGUGAAUCCCUUCCUGCUGCGUUGCUCCCUUACUGUGGGAGAUCUCUGUUGGAAGGGCUGAUAAGGGAUCUGCAGGCUAGAGAGUUUCUCCACUUCAAGAUCUUUGGAGGUCAAUGUAUAACCCCAGUUGCAAUCAUGACUAGUUCUGUGAAGGAUAAUCAUGAACAUAUAAUUGCAAUAUGUGAAAGACUUGAUUGGUUUGGUAGAGGCCGUGACAAUUUCCGGUUGUUCGAACAGCCUUUGGUACCUGUAGUAAACGCCGAGGAUGGUAAAUGGUUAGUCAGCAAAUCAUUUUUUCCUGUUGGUAAACCUGGUGGUCAUGGCGCUAUUUGGAAACUUGCAUAUGAUAGAGGUGUACUCAAUGGUUUACAAAAUUGUGGCAGAAAAGGUGCAACUGUACGCCAAGUCAGCAAUGUGGUUGCUGCAACUGAUUUGACCGUGAUGGCAUUGGCAGGAAUAGGCCUUCGAUGCAAUAAGAAAUUAGGUUUUGCAUCUUGUGAGCGAAGACCGGGGGCUACUGAAGGAGUGAAUGUCCUUAUUGAGAAACAAAAUCUUGAGGGGCUAUGGUCAUAUGGCAUCACUUGUAUUGAGUACACUGAGUUUGAAAAGUAUGGCAUCCCAGAACCUACAGUAACCAGCAGUUCGCAGGUUAGCUUUCCAGCAAAUACGAACAUUCUCUAUGUUGAUCUACAAGCAGUAGAGGAAGUUGGAUCCCGCAAAAAUGCUAGUUGCUUACCAGGGAUGGUGCUAAAUUUGAAAAAGGCAGUAUUGUACGUCAACCAUCUCGGCUUUGAGUGUAGUGCGACUGGAGGCAGGCUAGAGUGCACAAUGCAAAACAUUGCAGAUGAUUUUAUGAACACUUAUAACUACAGAUGCAGCAAAGGAAUAGAAAGUGAGCUUAACACUUUCAUUGUAUAUAAUGAAAGGAAAAGAGUCACUUCAUCAGCUAAAAGGAAGCUGAAAUCAGAAGACAGAUCAUUGCACCAGACUCCAGAGGGUUCACUCCUUGACAUUAUGCGUAAUGCUCAUGACCUCCUUUCCAGUUGCAGCAUAGAUAUCCCCAUGGUUAAAGACAACAGCGAGUAUAUGCAUUCUGGACCGCCAUUUCUCAUAUUUCUUCAUCCUGCUCUAGGCCCAUUUUGGGAUAUCAUACGACAAAAGUUCGUAGGUGGUUCUGUUUCUAAUGGUUCAGAGUUGCAAAUAGAGGUGGCUGAGUUUCUAUGGAAAGAUGUUGAGCUGGAUGGAAGCCUUAUUAUUCUAGCUGAUAACAUCAUGGGUUCAACCAAGAAGAACAAAAAUGGUGAACAGAUACUGCACUAUGGUUCCAGGUGCGGGAGAUGCAGACUUCAAAGUGUUAAAAUUGUGAACGAAGGGAUCAACUGGACUUCUCCAAAUAAUGUCUAUUGGAAGCAUGAUGUGGAGAGAUCAGAAUCUGUAAAGAUUAUUCUUCAUGGAAACUCAGAAUUUGAGGCAAAAGAUGUAGUCUUGAAGGGUAACCAUGUAUUUGAAGUACCCAAUGGUCAUAGAAUGUGCAUCAUUCAGGACAGAGCAGGUUUUGUUGUUAAAUUGGAUCUUAUACGCGACGAUCUGAUGGACAGUGGAACCUGGCAUUGGAAGUAUGCAGUUGAUGGCGUCCAUACUGUCAGUGGCACCCAGUUACAGCUUAUUAGUAGAUUUCAGCAUUGUAAUCGAUCUGGAACAUUGGUGAUGAAACCUGAAACUGGCUACUUCACAGAUAAGGAGAACUAUGUACUGUACAAAAUAAUUGGGUCUGAGGUAACUGAAUAUGUGUUAACACUUAACAAAGUUGGGAAGCUCAACAUGGUGUUACAGUUGAGCUUUAUCGACACAGAUUCUCCUUGA